UGUCUUGUACUUAUCUACUUUAGUUUUUAUCGGCUCAUCCAAUUUUCAGGUGUUUAAAGUUAUAAUGGCACUGAGAAGAGCGUUUUACAAAUUGGCUAGCAGCGGGGGAUCUUCCCGUAACGUUUACAGGGUCCGAACGCUGAGCACACAGAACGCGCACAAGGAAAAUGAUGGACAAUCAUCAAAACAAACUCAUUUUGGUUUCCAGUCAGUGGAUGAGGAAGAGAAGUGGAAAAAAGUGCAUGAAGUGUUUGAAACAGUAGCGGAGAAGUAUGACGUGAUGAACGAUGCGAUGUCGUUCGGCAUCCACCGGAUCUGGAAGGACAUCUUCAUGAACCGCCUCGCUCCCACACACGGCACCAAGCUCCUCGACAUGGCGGGAGGCACUGGUGACAUCACAUUCCGGUACAUCAACUACUUGAAGAACCUGGGCCCGCCUCCUGCCAGCAAGGAGAGCAGCGUCACCGUUUGUGACAUCAACCAAGCCAUGCUGGAUGUGGGCAAACUCAGGGCACAGAGACAGGGCUACACGAAGGAGUCCUGCGGCGUGGAGGUUAGCUGGGCGUGCGGCGACGCGGAGAAGCUCGCGCUGCCCGACGAGGCCUUCACGGCGUAUACCAUCGCGUUCGGCAUCAGGAACUGCACCCACAUCGAUAAGGUGCUUGAGGAAGCAUAUCGGGUGCUGGCGCCGGGCGGGCGCUUCAUGUGCCUGGAGUUCAGCCACAUCCCCAACGACACGCUGCAGUGGGUGUACGACCAGUACUCGUUCCAAGUGAUCCCGGUGCUGGGCCAGCUGAUCGCCGGCCAGUGGCGCCCGUACCAGUACCUCGUCGAGAGCAUCCGCCAGUUCCCCAACCAGGAGAAGUUCAAAGGCUUGAUCGAGGACGCGGGCUUCCGGCAGGUCACGUACGAGAACCUCACCUUCGGCACCUGCGCCGUCCACUCGGGCUUCAAGAUAUAGCCCCCCCCCCCCCCCCCCCCCCCUAGUCAACUUAGGUAGGAACGGUCUUGUAGGAAAAUAGACUUAAGCCCGUUUUCACCAUCAAUCCCUAAUUUUUAAGUGACCCCUUUGAAAACAAAAUUCCUGUUAUGUGUUAUACCAUAGGGGUCACUUAAAAAUUAGGGAUUGAUGGUGAAAACGUGCAUUAAGACCGUGGUGAAAAUGUGCAUUAAGCCCGUUUUCACCAUCAAUCCUUAAUUUCUAAGUGAACAGAAAUUUUAUCAUAAGGGUCACUUAAAAAAAUAGGGAUUGAUGGUGAAAAUGGGCAUUAGAAUGAGAUGUCAUCAGAUAAGUCUUCGAAUUAAUAGUUUUAAAACAAAAAUAUAUUUAUUUAUAGGUUAAUGCCUAUUUUCCUACAAAAUCGGUUUAGUUGUUACGGUUUACAAUAAAACAAAAACGAAUA